UUCAAAUAAAUUAAGAAAAUAAAUAAAAAUAUGAUUUAUAGGAGAGAGAAAGCGCUUUUUAGAGUAGGAAAGAAAAAGGGACGAACUUUUCCGAACAGGGCCCCAUCCUUCCCCCACAAAUCUAUGACUUGCUCCUUUUUGUGCACUUUUUAUCAGCUUAUGUCAUAUUUUUCAUAUUUGUUUAUUUACACACCAAACCACCCACCCAAUCUCUAUCUCUCUCUUCUUCCACACUUUAUUUCCCAAAGCCUGUGAGAUAGAUUCUUGAAGCCUCAUCUUCUAGGGUUCCUUCGCUUCUAAUUAUAACCUUUUUCAGGUUUAUUUAAAGCUCUUUUCCGAUCUUGUCCUUCUCGGUAUCAGUCAUACUAAGUGGAAUUUUUUCAGGCCAAGAAGCUGUUUCUCUGUUGGUUGAGGUUAAGUUGGUUAGAUACUCUCAGGAGUCGGGAUAUUGGAUUUGGUUCAGGAGGGAAAGCCGUCUGAAUAAUGGGUUUUAUAUGUGAUUUCUGUGGGGAUCAAAGGUCGAUGGUCUAUUGCCGAUCUGAUGCUGCUUGCUUGUGUUUAUCAUGUGACCGCAAUGUUCACUCUGCUAAUGCCCUUUCUAAGCGUCAUUUAAGAACACUCAUAUGUGAAAGAUGCAGUUCGCAACCGGCUGUAGUUAGAUGUGCAGAAGAGAGGGUCUCUCUGUGUCAAAACUGUGAUUGGACUGGUCAUGCCUCGUCCACCUCGACUUCAACUCAUAAGAGACAAACAAUCGAUUGUUACUCUGGCUGUCCAUCUGCCACGGAACUUUCUUCAAUAUGGUCUUUUGUUUUGAACACUUCUUCAGUUGGUGAAUCAAAUUGCGAGCAGGAGAUGGGUUUAAUGAGCAUUGCCGAUAGUAGUGCGAGAAACACAUUGGGGGCUGCAGAAAAAACAAUGUGCCAAAACAUGCCUAGUACAGAGGUGAAUGGUGUGUCUGAAAUUGAUCGGUCUGGUUCUUGGGUUGGCAACUCGUCAACACCUCAACCUAGCUCCACACCACGUGACCCAUCAGCUGGAUCUACAAAAUCGCCUUUGUCCAAGUUAUACUGUCAUGGAACAAAAGGUCCUGCACUCUGUGAAGAUGAUAUUUAUGAAGACUUCAAUACAGAUGAAGUGGAUAUGAACAUUGAAAACUACGAAGAACUUUUUGGUGUAACUCUCAAUCACUCAGAAGAGCUCUUUGAGAAUGGGGGGAUUGAUAGCUUGUUUGGGACUAGGGACAUGUCUGGUGCUGAUUCCAACUGUCAGGGUGCUGUGGCCGCUGAGGGUUCAUCUGUUGGAGUGGCCAGUGCAAUACAUCCAUCAUGCAGCAAUGCAACAUCCGCUGAUUCCAUGUGGAGUUCAAAAACGGAAUCAAUCCUUUGUUUAACAGGAAGGCAAGGUCACACAAACCUUUCAUUUUCUGGCCUUACUGGAGAGAGUAGUGCUGGAGAUCAUCAAGAUUGUGGGGCAUCUUCAAUGCUCCUUUUGGGAGAGCCUCCAUGGUGUCCUCCAGGCCCGGAGAGUUCCUCCCCAUCGGCGAGUCGUAGUAAUGCAGUAAUGCGCUACAAGGAGAAGAAGAAGUCAAGAAAGUUUGAGAAAACAGUGAGGUACGUCUCCCGGAAAGCGAGGGCUGAUGUGAGAAAGCGAGUGAAGGGGCGUUUUGUUAAAGCUGGUGAGGCUUACGACUAUGAUCCAUUGAGUCAAACCAGAAGUUACUGAGUAAAAAAUUUCACCAUUCUUUUGAGAGAGGCAAAUAAGCAAUUUGAUGUUUAGUGGGAAAGAUUGGUGAUUAUAACCUCAAAACUGGCUGAAUUUAGUUCGCUCCUUCCCUGUGCAAUGACGAAGCUAAUAUCACAGGGCAUCUAGGUUUUAUAAGGAGAAAAAGGUAAAUUAAAAAAGCUGGUUUCUGAUGCUUCACCCAUAAAGUGUAGGUGCAGAGAUCUGAUUCGCAGCACACCAGAAAAAUAUCGAUGGAUUCUGAUACUAUCGAAUAAGAUGGAUCCCCAUGUUGUCAAGCCAUGGAGCUUCAUCUGAUUUUUGUUGGACUGCUUUUGGGAAGCCUUGCUGUGCAUCUUCCAGGUGAAUCCUUGAUGUUAGUUAUUCUAUUGCUUUCUGCUCCAGACGGAAGGAAAAGCAAUGGCAUGAGCAUGAUGGAUUCCCUAACGAAGUCACUGCAUGAUCCGCAAUGCCCACCUUCAUUGUCCCCCAAACCCCAAAAAAAUGAGAGACCCCUUUGAUUUGUAUAAAACACAGGAUCUAUAUAUUUAGUAGUAGAGAACAAUAUGUUUGCCCCAUAACACUUUAAAUGUUAGACGUAUUACAUGCUGUUCUUUCUUUCUUUUUUUCCCCUCCUUUUGACAUGUAUAGCACAAAACAGUUGUGUAUUUUUAAAGAAUGGCAGAUUUGCAGUUUGAUU